UGCGGCCGGAAAAUUCGCGAUAUUGCAAAAUUUUGCUGACUCAAAUUUCGAAUCGAGUGCGUCACAAACAGAAUGACUACGUAAGGAGUGAACGUUCAUAGUUGGUUUCGAACAAGCGAAAGGAUUAUUCUCUGGGAAAAAAGGCCUCGCUAGUUCACUGCGGGGGUGUGAUGUGGCGGAGGGAAGGAGGGCGUUCGGCGGGGGGCAGGUAGCGGCCCCGGCCGCCGGCCCCAGCAUGACGAUGCGCGCUAAAGAAUGAAGAAGCAAAACGUUCGCACCUUAUCGCUGAUCGUUUGCACGUUCACUUACCUCCUCAUCGGCGCAGCUGUUUUCGACGCUCUCGAAUCCAAAACGGAAAAUCAACGAAAAAUGGUACUGCAAGAAAUCCAAGCUAUAGUGAGAAGAAAAUACAAUAUAAGCGACGAAGAUUUCAGACUGAUGGAGACGAUCGUAUUAAAGUCUGAACCGCACAGGGCCGGUCAGCAGUGGAAGUUCACGGGGGCUUUCUACUACGCGACCACCGUGCUGACCACGAUCGGAUACGGACAUUCGACCCCAAGCACCAUAUCCGGAAAGUUGUUCACCAUGUUUUACGCGAUCAUUGGAAUUCCCUUGGGCCUCGUCAUGUUUCAGAGCAUCGGUGAGAGGGUCAACAGAUUGAGCAGCGUUAUAAUCCGUUCGGUGAAGUCUUCGCUGCACUGCCGCCAAACGACCGCCUCAGAAUUGGAUCUGAUCUGCGUGGUAACUUUUCUGAGUUCUCUCACGAUUGCCGGUGGAGCGGCUGCCUUUUCCAGAUACGAGGGCUGGAGCUACUUCGAUUCCGUUUAUUACUGUUUCAUUACUUUGACCACCAUCGGGUUCGGAGAUAUGGUGGCACUUCAAAAAGACAAUGCACUGAGUCAAAAGCCAGAAUACGUUAUGUUUGCACUGAUUUUCAUCCUGUUUGGCUUGGCCAUUGUUGCAGCUUCUUUGAAUCUACUCGUUCUUCGAUUUGUCACGAUGAACACCGAAGACGAAAGGAGAGACGAAGCACAAGCGAUGCAGGCAUUGGCGGGAGCAGUACGUCUGGAAGGAGAUGUAAUAACAGCAAAUGGUUCUAUUCUAAGCGGUCAAUUAGGACAUCAUUGUACAGAAACUACAUCCUUAGAUCCUGACGAUACCUCUGUGUGUUCUUGUCCUUGUGGAUGUUUACCUACUAACAGUAGACACAGAUUCACAGUACGAAGGUCUCCGACACAAAUCCGCCAUCUUCUUCCAGUGCUGCCGAUGCACGAGUUGCAUUUACCGCAGGGCUCCAUCUUGCCGCCCCCGGCGAUAUACCCCAAUCACAGAGCUUCGGUUUGAUCGACGAAAACCGCUCCCCACUGAUUUGGGCCUAUACCGAUACCGAUCAAUGUGAUACAAUUCCGAACUGAGUAAUCAAUUUGUUGAACGACGCCAUUUUGAAAAAAUGGCGCACGAUAUACAGUCGAAGGUGGUGAUACGUUGAAUGAAUCGUUGAAUAUCCGAGUAGGAAGUUCUUAUGAAUCAUUUUUACGAGGUUAUAAAUAAUUACAGAUAUUUGAGGUUGUAUAGACAUAUAUUGCUUUUUGGAUACAUACUGAUGCUAGCAACAACAGGUGAAACAAGGCUCUUUGUUGAUAAUCUAUACUUUUUUGUUCAUUUGACUCCUUUUUCAUAUAUUUUUUCACGUUUACAGAGAGUAACUAUGGCCAUAAUUCUAGUUUGUUUUUCACUAAUCUUUUUUUUACGUUAAUAAUCGCCAGAUCUUAAUGCAAACAGACAAUCCUGUCAGAAAAAAUUUAAUACAGUGUGUAACUCAUCGAGCUUCCAUUAGAAUUUCGGCAUGAAGAAGAGAUAAGAAAAUAAAUAUUUGGAAAUGAAAUUUCGAAACUUUCAUCUCUCCCAACAUACCUACAAAGUAGGUUCUGUUAAAUAUCUGUGGAAAACAACUACUUCCCCGGCUAAUACCACGCUGGAUGUUGAAUUAUAUCCGACGUUCAUCAGUGCAAAACCUACUGUGUAUGUAUGUUUCAAUAUUAAUCAUAAUGUAAAUUCUUAAUUGAAUCUUCUGAUCGCGAUUUCCAUCAUCAGUAUGUAUUCAAGCAAGAAUACCGAAUUUAUUUUUGUUGUGAGUUGAUAUGAUCGACUCCGUGAAAUUUUGGGAUCAAGCUAUAAAAAAUAGUCAAACUUCUGACGUAGUGUUCUCGAAACUAUAUUCAAUCUCUCAGCUUCUAAUCGAUUAGAUCGUUUGAAUGCUAAUCUGGGUUAGUUAAUUUAUUUCGAAAUAUGUUAGCGAGUAGUGCCAAAUAAUUUUUGGGUUGAAAACUUGCAGUCCGAAGUGAUAUUUUCCGAACUUCACUUCCUAAAAGGAAUGAUAUCAAAUUGUCAUGAAAAUGUGUCUAUGCUGAAGUCGUAUGGUGCUGAAUAUUUCAGCAAGUAUUUUAUAUGUUGUCAGAAUCACAGCAACCCUGCCAGAUUUGAAAACGAAUCUAAAAACUUUUAAUAGAAACUUAUCUCUA